AUGUCGGACAGCAGCGACCUACCUGCAGCUCCUCCACCUACUCUUAUCAUGACAGAUGGCUCGACUGCGAAGUCCUACAAUCGCCAUUUCUUACUCUCGCUCGCCACACCUCAAGCUCGUCCGCCCAAUCCUGAACGGGUCAGAUCGUUCUCCCAGCUGUUACGAAAUGACUCUUGUCAGUGGGGGGUAGACGAGAACGUGUCUACUAUUCUAGGGGGAUGUAUCUCCCCCGCUGAGUCCACAGGGUCCACCGUCGCCUCUCUGUCUGGCCCGAAAAUUCAGAAAGCCGUCGGUGGUCCUGCGGAAAUCUUGUUCAACUUCAAGUCUCCAGAGCAAACUCCGCCGGUCCUUGUCGAUUUCACUGUACCUAACCCAUUCGACAACAAGAGUCUUUCCACCAACGCUUCAUCUGCAACACCUCGAAUGGCACCUGAAUUCAAAGCUUCCAACGUCUUCCAAUCGUUCCCGGGAUCCAAAUGCCCAUCACAAGGAUCUCUUUCUGCCGCCGAAGAUGGACCAGCACAUGCCCAAUCAUUCGGUGACACCUUCAAGACUCUUCGUCUUGGAGCUCGAUUGGAUUCGAUGGACUUUGCACGAUCAAGAUCAUCGAGCAUCACAAUGAGCGACGAUACCGGUCGAAGAGCUUCUCGAUUAUCCUCCAUAUCAUCAAAUGCGGGUCAGAGACCUUUGAACGCAUUCGCUGCACCAUGGCCUCUGCCCAAGACGACUCCGACAAUCCAUCUUUCGAAAUCUCGCGGAUCAUCCAUUGCGUCCUCGCCGAUUGAUGGACAGACUCUUCCCCUUCCCAAACCCUCUAGUCUUCCUUCGAGCCUUCCAGCGAAACCAAACACUGUCCUCCCACCCGUAUUUGUCAAACGCGAGACGGCGGCACUGCCACAAAGUAUGGCGUUACCUGACAUUGCUCCACUGGGUAAAGAUUGGGAAGGUGAAAACUCCCUCAGUGGCAAUGACAAGAGACGAAGGGCGAGCGAGAUGGGCUUUGCACCACUUCCUCUACCUAGAGACAGCUUGAUCCAGGGCCUCGUUGGGAAGAAGAGCCUGGAAGUGAAACCGGCUCGUCCGGAAAGAUUGGUGAAAAUGGGUCAGAAUUGGCGUGCGAGCGUUUCAGCUCAAGGCCAGGAAGUGAAAUCGUAG